GUAAUUAGAACCCUUUUGAGGAUGAACUAGUGUUACUAAAAAAGCAUUGCUUAGAACUGAGUUGGGACUAUUGUAUGAUUUGAUACCACAACAAGAACUAUCAAGAAAGGAAUAUUAUCCUUUUGUCUUGGUAGAAUCAAGGCUUGGAAUUCCAAUACCAGUAUUAUCUACUGCAAUCAAGGAAGCACAUGAGCAUUAUACCAAGACAUCUAAACAAGACUAUUCAAAGAUAGAACAAGUGACACGAAUUAUGAUAUUAUUAAAGCCUGAUAACUAUACAGCAAUGAACAAAAGGAAAGAGUUGAUGAUAUCAAAGCAUAUUCAUCCAGACGAUGAGAUACGAUUAUUAAACCUUGUAUUUACGAUACCAAAGCAUUCAAAGAGUGCAGUAGCAUGGUAUCAUCGACAAUGGAUUGUUACCAACUAUGACUGCGUGCAAGUUCAAAAUGAAAUGAAAUUGUGUGAGAUGACAUGUUGUUUUUAUAAGCGCAACUAUUAUUCAUGGUCAUAUCGUUUCUGGAUACUUUCUAGACAUCAACAAGAACAUACAUUGGUAGAGAAAGAGUACAGAACUAUGCUUUCCUGGUGUGAACUUAACAUUAGCGACUAUUCAGGCUUUCAUUAUCUUGAGCAAGUCAUGAACUUGAUGAAUUGGAAGUUAUGUCUAAAAGAUCAACAUAUGAAAUGGCUAAAUAACUUGACAAUUAAAUUCCCUGGUCAUGAAUCCAUUUGGUGUCAUAGAAGAUACUGUUCCAACUUGUAUUAUACAAAAGAUUAUUGCAUAUCACAACAUCAAUUUGUAUGGGACAUCUUGAAUGAUAAAUACAUGGAGCAAGCAUUAGAAAUGACUCGUUUGGAUGAACAGAGACAGUUUGCUCUCAAGUUUGGCCUAUGGCUAUCUAUAUUAGAAAAACGCCGUUGCCAUGAUCAAUAUGCUUCUCUAAUUGACAGUAAACUAAUUUACAUGUACAGAAAAACAACUCCUGAUUCAACACUAUUGGAUCGACAGGGAUGAGACUAAAAUAUAAAGGGACAAAAAAAAAAAAAAUUUAAAAACCAUCUAUAAUGUAAACAACCCACGAUGGAUUCCCACAAAGUCGUCAUCCUUAACAAGGUUUGGUUUUAGGAUCGACAUCAGAUUUGUGAAUGGCAUUUCUUGACUGGCAUUAAAGAUGCAUAAUUACAUCAAUAUUGGUUGCAUUUAUUAAACACGGAAUUUUAUAUAAUGAAUCUCUUUUAUGUCCUAAAAAUAUCUUUAUUCGGCAUUUUUAUAUUUAUAUUUUCUGUCAUCAUUGAAUUGACAUAAUAAAAAAAGAGAAAUAAUC